AUGGAUAUUAUUAAUUUUAAGAAGAGAUUGUAUAACUUUUUAGAGAACGAGGAUAAGUUAGAUUUAGAUAUUGAUAAGGUAGAUGAAUUAAAAUAUUUUGAAGAAAUAAAAAGUAGUGGAAAAAAAAAUUCAAGUAAUAUAUAUAGGCCAUAUAAUUAUAAGUUAAAUAGUGAAUUAGAAAAGACGAAAGGUUUUCUUGGUAUACCAGCUAGUUCAAAAUAUGAUGUAUUUUGUUUUUUUUGUAAAUAUUAUUAUAAUAAGGAUCUUUUAGGUGAAAGGAAAAAAGAAAUACGAGGAGAUAAUGAAGUUAUAUUAGGUGAGUAUACUUUUAAAACAUAUGGACAAGUUAAAAAUGAAAUAGAAAUAUUUGCAUCAGCAUUAUAUCAAUUUGAAGAAAUUGAAUAUAAUAUAUUUAAUGAUAAUGGAAUUUAUAAUCAAUUUAAAAUAUUAGGUAUAUGGUCAAAAAAUAGAAGUGAGUGGUUUAUUACAGAUGUAGCUACUUCAGCAAUAAAUUUUGUAACAGUACCAAUAUAUGAUACUAUAGGUUUAAACUCUGUUAUAUAUAUUUUUAAAAAAACUAAUAUGAAAGUUUGUUGUAUAGAAGCAGAGAAAUUAGAAUCUUUAAUAAAGAUGAAAGAAGAAUUAGUAGAUCUAAGUAUUUUAAUUAUUUAUGACGAAUCGAAUGUAAAAGAAGAAUUGAAAGAAAAAGCAAAAAAUGUUGGAUAUAAAUUAUAUUAUUAUAAAGAUUUAAUAGAUAAAUAUAAAAAUAGAAAUGUAAUUCCUCAAUCUGAUAUGUAUGACCAUGCCUUUCAUAAAGAACAUAAUCCAAAUAUAGCUUUUUAUGAUAAACUAAAAAAAGACCAAGAAAAUUAUUACAACAAUAAUAAUAAUAAUAAUAAUAGUAAUAGUAAUAGUAAUAGUAAUAAUAAUAAUAAUAACAAUAAUGAGAGUGAAAAAAUGAAUACAAAUAAUCGUAGUAUAGAUGAUAGAAAUAAUUAUUUAAUGAAGCAAAUAAAAAAGAAUAAAGGUAGUCUUAAUGAUGUUUGUACUAUUAUUUUCACUUCUGGUUCUUCAGGGACACCUAAAGGAGUUAUGAUUACUCACAAUAGCUUUGUAACAUUUUUACAAGCAUAUCUUAUUGAUGGUAAUAGAUUAGGUUUAAAAAAAUAUGAUGUUAUUUUUAGUUAUUUACCUCUUGCACAUGUAUAUGAACGUUUUAUUGAAUAUUCUGCAUGUUUCUUUGGACAUAAAAUUGGAUAUUUUUCUGGCAAUAUUAAAGAAUUAGUAGGUGAUAUGAAUGAACUAAAACCUACAUUUUUAAUAACAGUACCAAGAAUAUUACAAAAAAUUCAUGAUAGUGUUAUGGAAGGAUUAAAAUCUAAAUCAUUUAUUGCUCGUAAUUUAGUUAAGACUGCUUUGAAAAAUAAAACAAGUGCAUAUAUGAAAAAUUCAAAAAAAUUCCAUUCAAAAAUAUAUGAUUUAAUAUUACAGCCUAUACGAAAUAAAUUUGGAGGAUGUAUAAGAACACAAGUAAUGGGUUCUUCAUCAAUGGAUAAAAAUAAAUUAAUUGAUUUACAAAUGAUUUUUUCUUCACCUAUAUCAGAAGGUUGGGGUAUGACAGAAGUGGGUGUAGGAUUUUUACAGAAUAGAUUUGAUAGUACUAAAGGAACAAUUGGUGGUCCAUUUGCAAAUGUAGAAUUUAAAGUAAUUAAAGUUCAAAAUAUGAAAUAUGAUCCAAAAAGUUAUCCAAAUAAAGGUGAAUUAUGUGUAAAGGGAAGUGGUUUAAUGGUAGGAUAUUUUAGAGAUGAAGAAUUAACCAAAAAAUGUUUUGAUGAAGAUGGCUUUUUUUUAACAGGUGAUGUUGUAGAGGUUAAUGAAAAUAAUGCAUAUGUAAAAAUUAUUGAUAGAGCUAAAAAUAUAUUUAAAUUAGCACAAGGUGAAUAUAUAGAACCAGAAAAAUUAGAAAAUUUAUAUAGUAAUAGUAUUUAUAUAGAAAAUAUUUUUGUACAUGGUUAUAGUUAUGAAAAUGAACUUGUUUCUAUUAUUGUACCUAAUCAAAUUAUGCUUUCAGAUUAUGCCAAAAAAAAUAAUUUAAAUCUACCUUAUGAAGAUUUAUUAAAACAGGAUAUUAUUAUUAAACUAUUUCAAGAAGAAAUACUAAAUAUAUCAAAAACUUAUAAACUUAAUGGUAUUGAAAAAAUACAUCUUUUCCAUUUAACACCUACACCAUUUUCUGUUGAAAAUAAACAGUUGACACCAACUCAUAAAAUUGUAAGACAUGUCAUUCUUUCUGAUUAUAAGAAAAUUGUAAAUGAUCUUUAUAAAUCCAGGAAUAAAUAA